AAUUUUUUUUAAACAGUCUAUUGUAAUAAAGUAAAUAUUUCUGAAAAUAUUGAUAAAAAGGAUUAUCAUUUAAAAUUAUAAUAAAUUUUCUAUCAUUUUUAAGUCAUGUGCUUAUUAAGGAAUUCAAAAGAAUUUCAGUAGGAAAAUAAUUAAUUAAAGAAGUGUGAUGUAAAUAAGAAUCUUUCAUUAAUUCAAGUUAGAAUCUCAAGUUAUAAUGAAUAAACAUUAUUACGGCUAGUUUAGUAUAAUAAUCUACACAACAAAAUAUAGAAAACGGAGAAGAAAAUGAAACUCAGCGAUGUAAGAUACAAAUUAGUUGGCGAUGAUGUUCUACCGCCAAUUCGAUCACAUAUUAAUCACAUGCGACGGUCAAAUGUAGUAACGUUGUUUUUUGGUGUAACUCUUGGAUUUUUCUUAGCUAUUUUAAUGCAAUUCUCACCUAGCUCAUUAAAUUCAAAUAAUUAUGCACCUAGACAUGGUGAUCCGCAUGUUGGACGAGACUUACAUGAUGCUUUUGGUCCAGAGACAGAUGUUGAAUUCCAUGCGAAUAAUGAUAAUACUCAUAUAUAUGAAAACUCAUCAAUGGCACAGCAAUUGUAUAAGGACAUAAGAAUACUUUGCUGGAUUAUGACAAGUCCAGCUAAUCACAAGAAAAAAGCUAUACAUGUAAAAAAGACUUGGGGCAAAAGAUGCAACAAGCUUCUGUUCAUGAGUUCGGUAGUUGAUCCAGAGCUCGAUACUAUUGCAUUACCAGUGAAAGAAGGUCGUGAUAAUUUAUGGGACAAAACAAAAGAAGCUUUUAAGUACGUUUAUACUCAUCAUUUAGAUGAUAUUGAUUGGGUAUUAAAGGCUGAUGACGAUACCUAUAUGUCUGGCGGGGCUAGCUACGUUCUUAGCAAGCAGGCCGUUAUUCGUUUUGUUGAGGAAGGAAUUCCAGAUAAAACUAAAUGUAGGCAAGAUGCAGGUGGAGCGGAAGAUGUUGAAAUUGGAAAAUGUCUCGAAAAUGUGAAUGUGAUUGCUGGUGAUUCAAGAGAUUCUAAUGGUCGUGGAAGAUUUUUUCCAUUCAUGCCAGAACAUCAUUUAAUUCCAGGCCAUGUUGAUAAAAAUUUUUGGUAUUGGAAGUAUAUUUAUUAUGAUGAAAAAGAAGGAAUGGAUUGUUGUUCGGAUUAUGCCAUCUCUUUCCAUUACGUGUCGCCAAAUCAAAUGUACGUACUUGAAUAUCUCAUCUAUCAUUUGAGGCCGUAUGGUCUUGUAAAUUUUCAUCAACCACUGCCUAAAAAAAGUAUUGUAACCGAAAUUUUACAAGAAAUGUCGGAACAACCCAAAAGUAAAAACAAUGAGAAUGAGUAAAAUCGCCUUUUUGAACUUUAAAAAUCAUGUGAAAAGUCUGACAGAAGUGGAUGAAAACUCGAAUAUUUGGAUUUUUCGUUUUAAUCAUGAUGUGUUAUAGCAACUCAGCCAUAUAAAAAAAAAUCCUCUUCUAAUAUGUGUGUAAUCUCAUUUUAUUAAAAUAAUUGAUUAAAAUUUAAAACCAAAGAAAAUUGUUUACUUUCUACAUUCUUUAAAUAGUUUAAGAUAUUAAACAAAAAUAAAAUCACAA